GCCGGCCGCACCGGAAGUGGCGACUGGGCGGCGCGCAUGGCGGCGGCGAUGGCGGCGGCCGGCUGCGCGGGGGCCGGGGCGUCCCGCUCCCUCUCCCGCUUCCGAGGCUGCCUGGCCGGCGCGCUGCUCGGGGACUGCGUGGGCGCCGUGUACGAGGCGCACGACACCGUCCCCCUGACGUCAGUGCUGCGUCACGUGCAGAGCCUGGAGCCCGAGCCGGGCUCGCCGGGCAGCGCGCGGACAGAAGCUUUGUGCUACACAGACGACACAGCCAUGGCCAGGGCCCUGGUGCAGUCCCUGCUGGCCAAGGAGGCCUUCGACGAGGUGGACAUGGCUCACAGAUUUGCUCAGGAGUACAAAAAAGACCCUGACCGGGGCUAUGGCGCCGGGGUCAUCACCGUCUUCAAGAAGCUCCUGAGCCCCAAGUGUCGAGAUGUCUUCGAGCCCGCGCGCGCCCAGUUCAACGGCAAAGGCUCCUAUGGCAACGGGGGUGCCAUGCGGGUGGCCGGCAUCUCCCUGGCCUACAGCAGCAUCCAGGACGUGCAGAAGUUUGCCCGGCUGUCGGCCCAGCUGACCCACGCCUCCUCCCUGGGCUACAACGGCGCCGUCCUGCAGGCUCUGGCCGUGCACCUGGCCCUGCAGGGCGAGUUGUCCAGCGAGCGCUUCCUGGAGCAGCUGCUGGGCCACAUGGAGGAGCUGGAGAGCGACACCCAGUCCAUCUCGGACGCCAGGGACCUGGGCAUGGAGGAGCGCCCCUACUCCAGCCGCCUGAAGAAGGUCGGGGAGCUGCUCGAGCAGGCCUCAGUGACCAGAGAGGAUGUGGUGUCCGAGCUAGGGAACGGCAUUGCUGCCUUCGAGUCGGUGCCCACCGCCAUCUACUGCUUCCUGCGCUGCAUGGCGCCCGACCCCGAGAUCCCGCCCACCUUCAACAGCCUGCAGAGGACACUCGUCUACUCCAUCUCCCUCGGUGGGGACACAGACACCAUCGCCACCAUGGCCGGGGCCAUUGCUGGGGCCUACUACGGCCUGGAGCAAAUCCCAGAGAGCUGGCAGCAGAGCUGUGAGGGCUAUGAGGAGACAGAUGUCCUGGCCCAGAGCCUGCACCGGGUCUUCCAGAAAAGUGUGUGAAGGCCACUGUCACUGGGGCCUCCCGGUCUCCAGCAGGACCAAGUACUGCUCUGUCGGCAGCCCUGGCAUCGUGGGGGCUCAGCUCCCCGCCCCUGUCUUCCUUCAGCUGCCUGGUGC